AUGUUCACCACCGCUCUGGAGUUAGAGGAAAGAGUGCAACAACGUGUAUUACCGAAAAGUUACAUGAAGGAAUUUGGAUGUACAUUAGGACAAAAAUUAUGGGACUCACGAUUAAAUAUCUAUUCAAAAAAAUCUGCUAUAGAAUCUCCACAAACUAUUCAAGAAUAUUAUAAUGCUUUCCCAAAAUUUUUGAAUGAUUUUUUUUCUGGAAUGAUUAAUGAAUUAUAUCAGAAAAAGAUGAAAGUAUGCAAUAUUAAACGAAAAAAACAUCACAAAUUACCAAAAAUUAUAAUUCCAGAAGAAAUAACAAAAACUGUAACAUUUAUAAUAUCAAUAUUAUUAAAUCUAGCUUUUCCUCAACUGAAAGUUUGGCUACCUCGAAUUUUAGCUAGUUUUAGUCGUAUGCCACGAUUAUUAGGCUAUUUUCGACAAUUAUUGAAAGUUUGCCAUGUAAUAUCUCAUACAGAUCGACGUGAACGACAACUUGCAAAUAUUAGAAUGGAUACAACAGAUCCAUCAAAACGUCUAAUUAAAGGAAAUAAUAUUUGGAAUUUAGCUAUCAUCGAUAAUAUCGAUUUUAAAGAAAAAACCUUCAAAUUUGGUAAUAUUUACGAUGUUACUCGUGGCAGUUCUCAUGCAACCCUUCGAAUGGCUUUUCAAAUUCAGUUGCCAAUUGAAGUAAAAACUGGUCCAGAACAGGUUAUUGAAUUAACUGCUGAAACCUUAUUAUUCGGAAUGAAUCAGGGUGUUGAGAAUACAUUAACAAUAUUUCAACAAAUCAUAUGUAAAUUGUUAAAUUUUAAAAAAAUUAAUGAAGAAUUCACAUAUAAUACGAAUUUCAAUGCAGAAACAAUUAAACAUGAAAUACUUAAUAAGUUAGAUUAUGGAUCUUGUGGUGAAUCUCCCAAUAUUGUAAUCCUAGAACCAGGAUCAAAUCCAAAUUCAGAUGAAGAAAUAUUCCAUGUUGCCGAAAUGUAUAAGAAAGAUUUUGCAAUGGAAAGUGAUUCUUUUCUAGAUAUUGUAGCAGAUGAAGCAAUAUUUCGCCGAUUAAUUAAAUGUCGAGAAAAAUGGCCAUAUAUAAGACCUCUUUUAGGUCAGUGGCAUACAUCCAAGGACUUUUGUUCAGUAUUAUUGGUACUAUUCUCUAGUUAUGGACUAUUAAGUCUAGCAUCCCGUCUAGGUGUUCAUUUUUUGGAUAAGUUUGAAUCUGCAAUAGAUUAUCACUCAACAGCACGGGUAUUAGAUCUUAUAUGGGUGGCAGUAGGAGUAGCAAUAAAUAUAUACGUUAAUAAAAAAGAAAUAUUAUUUUCUGAAAUAAUGAAUGAUGAAAAAAACAAGCACAUUUGUCUUAAGAUCUGGUAUUUGUAUUAUAAAUGGGCUGGAAUUUGGAAAGCUCAUCGGAUGGGAAUGCGCGUUGGAAAUUUUGGAUUACAACGAGAUUCAUUAUCUGCAGCUGGACCCCUUUAUGCAAGUGCGGCAAAAUCAAACUAUACAACGGCUAUUGCACAUUUUCUUGCCACUAUAGCAGCUCAUCCCCAAUUAGAAGAAAAAUUAAAUCAUUGUAGUGCUUUCAAAAUUCCACAUGAUAUUGAUGGUGGUCUACAUCACGUUUGUUUUGGAUUUGAUGAGGCCCUUGAGACAUUUGGAGUAAGGUUUAUCAAAGGAAAUGUAAGUGGAAAUGUUAUUGACGAAAAAAAUCUUAAAAAUCAAAUAAAAGCAUCCCAAAGUGAAAGAGAAAGAAUAGAUCUUUUAAUGAGUGAGUAUAUUAAUGAUAAUUCAAUUUCACAUAGUGAAAGGGCAAUUAAAUUACGCCAAGAGUCCUUAUGGGAGCUCGUUAACGAUCUAGUAGCAAUAUUUGAAAUGGAUAAUCCAUUAUCCCACCAAUUAUUUCAAAAAUAUAAACCUACAGAAAUUCAUCAGGAGGGGCUUGAUCGUCUUAUUGCAUGCUAUCCAAAUGGAUUAGAAAGAAUUAAAGGAAUAUAUCGACAGGAAGUUUUAAAGAUAGAAAAUAGAAAUACUAAAGGUAGAAGAGCGGUAGGAGUGGUUAGAACGAAAGUAAAAGAUUACAAUAACCAAAAAAAAUCAAUCAAUCAAUCUGUUACCAUGUCUUUGCAAUCACAACAAAGAGAUACAGAUGAAAUUUUGAAUGAAGACUACCUACCCGAUACAACCAAUCCACAACUUAAACAAAAAAAGCAUCGAACUACUAAGGAGAAGAUGGAAAUACUUUCUGCAUUGAAAGUAUAUAAAGAUAAACUGCCAGACGAUGCUAUUUCUUCUGUUUGUGAACAUUUGUCAGAAAUUUGGACUAAAAAAAAAGUAAGGGAGUGGUGGAAUUAUCAUAAGGACAAAUAA